AAUUCUCAGGUCACCGACUCACCAUCGCUGGAACCAUUGCUAUAUAUAUGGCGACUUGUUGGCAUAACAGCCCUCCAAGGCCAGAUCAGAACAUGGCUUCCCCAGCAGAGCCCACUGUUCGGGAGAUUUUCACCGCCUUCUUGGAGGGUUGGCUUGUCAGACAAGAAGCCUUCCUUGAAAAACUGCAAAUCCUUUCAUCAGUACCAUUGGAUGUUACGGAGGAAAAGGACGAAGAACGUAGACAUUUCGUCGAACGGAUUCUAGCUCACUACCAACAGUACUACGAAGAGAAAAUCAAGGCUGCUAAGGAAGACGUGUUUCUCAUGUUCUCUCCGCCAUGGUUGAGUUCUUUCGAGCGCGCGUUGCUAUGGAUUUCUGGGUUCAAGCCUUCAAUGUUGUUUCCACUACUAAACGGCUUGGUGGGUGACUUUAAGUUAUCAGCUGAACAAUUCCAGAGGAUUGAGAUGGUGAAAGCUGAGACUAGAAGGGAGGAAAGAAAAAUAGCGGAUGAAAUGGCGAGGAUUCAAGAAAGUGUGGCGGCGCCACCGAUAUUUAACUUCAUGAGAAAGAUGGGGAGGCUGGUGGACGGCGAGGUUUCGGAAUUGAACACGGCGGUGGAAGGUUUGAAGGCGGCAAUGGUGGUGGUGAUGGGUGAUGCGGAUAAUCUUCGUGACUCGACGGUGAGGAAGAUUGUGGAGAUUCUGAAUCCAUUACAAACUGUCAAGAUCUUGGCUGGUGCAGCUGAGUUUCAGCUUCAAGCAAGAAGAUGGGGAAUGCAGAGAGAUUCAGAGAGAAGGAACACCGAGUUUGAAUGAAGUAUUUAG